AUGCCAGACGACCUUCAGCUCGGCCUGCUGGACGAGCAGGCCGUCUCCGUCUCGGACGGCGAGAGCGAGGAUGUGCCGAAGCCAAGGGACACUGCAUCGGCAUCUCCUGCUCUUUCUCACUUCCUCUCCGCCGUGUCUCUUCCCGGUCGUCAUCUAAAAUCCGUCAUAUGGCGCCCUCUCCUGCUUCCCGUCGUGGCCUUCCUCCUCCCCAGCUUUCUCCGGCCCCAGCAUGCGGGACAUCAAGAAGGCUCCCGGCCGCGCUCUGCCACGGCCUAUCUCGACGGCAUCCGCGGCAUCGCCUCCCUCUUCGUCUUCUUCAACCACUACGCGAUGCAGGCCUUCAUCACGUCUGAGGGCUGGGGACGCAAGAAUUCCAUGAACCAUGGCCACAUCCUCAAGCUUCCUUUCCUCCGCCUUCUAUACCAAGGCGCCCCUGCCGUCUGCCUCUUUUUCGUCAUCUCCGGCUACGUCUUGUCCUAUCGCCUCUUGAGUCUGAUCCAUCGCCGGGCCUAUUCCGAUUUCUAUCCUGCCGUGAGCUCGCUCGUCUUCCGCAGAGGCAUUCGCUUAUUUCUCCCGACCAUGAUUUCGACCUUGGCCAUUGUGUUGCUCUUGCGACUCGGCGUCUACGAGCUGACUCGCGAGUUUGCUUACACCAAGGCGUAUUUCCGGUACUACAUGGAGAUUCAUCCUGACCGCCUGGGCUCUACCUUUGCCCAGCUGGGGAGCUGGGUCGGCUACAUGUACGAAUUCGUCGCCUUCUUCACCUGGCGCAAUGGUGACGGGACCCCACAAUAUGACUUGCACCUGUGGGCCAUCCCUGUGGAGUUUCGAUGCUCCAUAUGCCUCUUCGUCGUCAUCGUUGGAACCGCUCGUUUGCGCACCGUGGUUCGACUCGUCAUUGUGGGUGCCAUUGCUCUGUUCGUCCAUCGCAACUCUAGAUGGGAUCUGUUCCUCUUUCUCUGCGGCAUGGUCCUGGCGGAACUGGACAUAAUCCGGGGCGCUCAUCGUCAUGUCUCGGGCACUUCGAGCCCGACCUUGUGCCCGCAAGAGCAGCAUCUGCCGCCAUUCCGGGGUCGCUACAAAAGGAUCCUUUGGUCCCUUUCCAGCCUCCUAGGUCUGUAUCUCCUGUCACAACCUGAUUACCAAGGCGAGGUGACGCCCGGAUGGAAGUUCCUAACUUCCAUCAUCCCGGCAUGGUGGACGGAGAAACAGUUUCGAUUCUGGCAGCCGCUGGGUGCCAUCGUGUUUAUUCUCGCCGUGGGCCACUCCAGGGGCUGGCAGAAGUUUUUCAACAGUGCUCCGAUGCAGUAUCUUGGGAAAAUAUCGUACGCCAUGUACCUCAUGCACGGCCCAGUCAUGCACGUCAUUGGCUAUCACUGGGAGAGCAUGGCGUACAGUAUUACGGGGAUCGAAGGGUAUUGGUUCAACGUGGGCUUCUUUUUCGGCGCUUGCUUCUGCAUUCCGACCGUCAUAUGGGCCGCCGAUAUCUUCUGGCGAGCGGUCGACGUCCCAACUGUCGCGUUCGCCAAGUGGUUUGAAAAAUGGUGUACUGUCGGGGAUGAAUGA